AUGCAGAAGCACUCCCUCUUACCAAAUACUCCUCUUCCCAAUUCCAACUCCACUUUGCUCAAGACCAAUCCCAUGACCGAUUUCACUCGUAUCUUUAUUAGAGAAAAGGGUCUAAAUCGACACCAUAUAGACUCUUUUAACUAUUUUGUAGAUACAGAACUACGUCGUGUUCUUGGUGCUAAUAACUUUAUUGAUUCCGAUGUUGAUCCAUCCUUCUAUCUUAAAUAUACAGAUAUUCGAGUUGAACCCCCAACUAUUGAAGAGAAUAUGGUUAAACGCCAUAUUACUCCAGAAGAGUGCCGUAUACGUAAUUUAACCUAUACAGGUGAUAUUUUAGUUGAUGUCGAGUAUACUAGAGGCAAAGACAUUGUUAUUUCCAAAAAUGUUCUGAUUGGUAAAAUGCCUAUUAUGCUUGGUAGUCAUUUAUCCCUCCAAAAACCAAGUACAGCUGAUGUUCCUUUGCCCUUCCAGACUUCUAAACACAUUAUACCUAUCCAGAACCCUAUACACACUCGACCGGCUCGUGAGUGUCCUUUUGAUAUUGGUGGGUACUUCAUUUGUAAGGGCGUGGAACGAGUGCUGCUCAUGCAAGAACAGCUGGCUAAGAAUAGGAUUCUGAUUGAACUUGAUUUUCGUGGUGAUUUAAGUGCAGUAGUGACUAGUUCGUCUUUAGAACGGAAAAGUAAGACUAAACUCGUACUUAAAAAGAAGCUGGUUUACUUGGCGCAUAACUCACUAUCAGAAGAUAUUCCUUUACAAGUUGUACUUAAAGGUAUGGGUAUUACGACUGACUUCGAAAUAAACACUUUGCUUGGCCACUUCCUUCCGCCUUUGCCGCCAAUUCGUACGCAGUUGGAAGCACUGGCUUGGAUUGGGGCUAAGAUCAAAACAAGAUCGGGGGGAAUUGAUGAGGCUAGAAUCUUUCUUCAUGAUAUUCUUCUGGCCCAUGUGCCUUGUACUCCGACUGAUAUGCGUAAAAAGGCCGAAUACUUGGCCUUAAUGGCACAAAUGCUGCUUCAAAAUGCCGAAGAUCCCUCCCAGAACGAUAAGGACUUUGUCGGUAACAAACGUAUUGAAUUAGCUGGACAAAUGCUUUCCCUACUCUUUGAAGACUUACUCAAACGACUGAACAGUGAAAUGAAAAAGGCCUUAGAUCGAGUCCUUUGCAAACGAGCCCGAGCCCAGGAAUUAGAUGCCUUGCACUUUCUAGUCAUGAACCGGAGUCUAGUUAGUACUGGCUUACUCCGAGCUAUUUCAACUGGGUCUUGGUCUUUGAAACGGUUUAGAAUGGAUCGAGCUGGUGUAACCCAAGUUCUAUCCCGACUAAGUAGAUUAUCGGCCAUUGGUAUGUCCUCGCGUGUUUCUUCCCAGUUUGAGAAGACCCGGAAAGUCUCGGGCCCUCGAGCUCUGCACUGCUCCCAAUGGGGACUCUUUUGUCCAGCUGAUACGCCUGAAGGUGAAGCUUGUGGUUUAGUUAAGAGUUUGGCUACUUUAGCUGAAAUCAGUUCAGAAGAGAAAGAAGAUGCGAUUUUGCACUAUCUUUCUUAUCUGGGAGUUGAAGACCUCUUUGUCGCCACUACUAAUCCUAAGUGCUGGGUAAAUGGUCUCAUGGUCGGUCAGUGCCGUAAUCCUAUGGCUACAGCCCAACAACUCAGAGACUUAAGAAGGGCCGGACGUAUUCCCAGUAGUACGGGUAUUUGGGUGGCCACUGACCUCUUUAUUUCCACUGAAGCCGGUCGUUUAGCCCGGCCACUAGUUAUUGUAGUUAAUGGCCAGCCACGAGUUACUCCCCAGGAAAUGGCCUACUUAGUAGCGGGAUACAAAACAGUCCAGGACUUUGUUGCCGGUGGCUUAAUCGAGUACAUUGAUCAGAAUGAAGCUAAGAAUGCUAAUAUUGCUACGUGGAAAGAAGAAAUAACGGCUGAAACUACCCAUUUAGAAAUUGAUCCGAGUUCGAUUCUAGGAUACAUUGCUGGUGUUAUUCCUUAUCCCCACCAUAAUCAGUCCCCACGGAAUACUUACCAGUGCGCUAUGGGUAAGCAAGGUGUAGGUGUAACUGGAGUGGAUAUUAGACGGCGAAUGGAUGGGGCUAACUUCUUCCUAGUGCAUACGCAGCGGCCUUUAGCCGCUACUCGGGCCAUGGAAAUCAUUCAGUAUACGGACUUACCGGCCGGACAAAACCUUACAGUGGCAGUUAUGAGUAUGACGGGGUACGAUAUAGAAGAUGCUUUAAUUCUUAACCAGGCCUCAAUUGAUCGGGGAGUUGGCCGGGCUAUUCUCAUGAAGACGCACUCACUCUCUCUACGGACAUAUCCUGGUGGCACAGCUGAUUCAAUUACUGGCACGGGUAUUCCACCGCCGGGUAUGCGUGUGGCCGAAGGAGAAACUCUAAUUGAUCGCCGGACGCCAUUUGGGACUAAGGCUGGUGCUGUUUAUCGGGGUUUAGAUCCCGCUCAUGUCGACCGUACUGUACUGACACGCACGGGUGAUGACUUGGUAACGAUUAAAACAGUCUUACGGGAAAACCGAGUGCCUCGUAUUGGGGAUAAGUUCAGUAGUAGACAUGGACAAAAAGGAGUGGUGGGACUAGUAUUACCCCAAGAGGACAUGCCAUUUAAUGAGCAAGGUAUUUCACCCGAUUUAGUUAUGAAUCCCCACGGGUUUCCUUCCCGAAUGACGGUUGGUAAGAUUCUUGAGUUAGUGACUGGUAAGGCUAUUGCUAAUGGAAGUCAGCGACUUAAUCAGUAUGCGGCUUCGGCCUUUGGAGGAGUUACAGCUAAAGAUAUUGCAGCUGAACUAGUUAAUCUAGGGUUUAGUGCAUCGGGGAAGGAGACACUUACUUGUGGAACGACUGGUAAGCGCAUUCCAGUGAUGAUCUUCUUUGGACCUGUUUUCUACCAGCGACUUAAGCACAUGGUUAGUGAUAAGAUGCAUGCUCGGGCUAGAGGGCCACGGGCUGUACUGACGCGGCAGCCUACAGAGGGUCGGUGCCGGGAUGGAGGUUUCCGGCUGGGAGAAAUGGAAAGAGACUGUUUAAUUGGGUACGGUGCUUCAGAAAUGCUAAUUGAGCGGCUGGUUGUAUCUUCUGACCGGUAUAUGGUUUAUAUUUGCAGUGCUUGUGGCUUAAUUGUGCAUAGUAAUGAAUGUCUCUCGUGCCAGCAACCGGCUCUAAAGGUACAACUGCCAUAUGCCUGUAAGCUUUUAUUCCAGGAACUAGUAUCUAUGAAGAUAGCCCCACGAGUUAUUCUUAAAAAGACGCAAUAG